CAGAACCACCCCAUGCUGGUGGAGCUCAAGAAUGGUGAAACUUACAGUGGUCACCUGGUAAGCUGCGAUAACUGGAUGAACAUUAAACUUCCAGAAGUCAUCUGUACAUCCAGGGAUGGAGACAAGUUCUGGAGGAUGCCCGAGUGCUACAUCCGUGGGAGUACCAUCCAGUACUUGUGCAUUCCUGAUGAGAUCAUGAAGGAAGAAGUGGUGUCAAAAGGGAGAGGCCAUGGUGGGAUGCAGCAGCAGAAGCAGGAGAAAGACCGCAGUGUUGGCAGCACGGGCAGGGUGCUGUUUGGUGGUCACGGCUGA